UAUGUUUAAAUGUCUUAAGUUUCCUUCGUCUUUCAUCCCGAAACGCAAUUUGGUGAGACAUGAGAAAACGUACAAAGGGAUUCGGUUUCCGUCCACUAUGUGUGCUUCUACGUUCAGUGACAAGUAUAACGUCCUUACUAGACAUCGGAAAAUCUGUGGUAGCAAUGUUCACGCUCCAGCAUAUCGCAGGUCUGACGAGAUUGGAAUAGCUUCUCAGGACCUGAUAAUGAUGGCCAUCGAUAUCCAUUUAUGUAUGAUUGCGAUGGAAGAAUUUAAGCAUGCGGAUAGGUACUAGUUUGGAAAAAAUGUCUACAAAAAUAAUUCACCAAAAAAUAUCUACGUGUGAUCUACUAUCUAAUGUGAGGUGAUAAAAAAAAAGCUGCAUAACUAAGAUCAAAUUCAAAAUACUUAUGGAGAUGUGCCAAGUGCCAUGUAUAUUUAUUAAACCACGGAACUAAUUACUCUACAAAAUAAAUUGCCAGAGACUGCCUCCUAAUGUGAGACCAACAAAAAAAGAAGCCGAGACCUAGGUUAAUAAUUUAAGAUUAAAAAUAUGUGUCAAGAUGUGACAAGUGCCAUGUUAUUGAAUCAAGGAACGAUGUUAAACCAUAAGAAAUGAAAGGAAAAGGAUCACUCCCUGUUCAGACGUCCGACGCUCGCUUCUCCUCAGCUAACAAUAUAGUCGUCAUCGUCGUCAACGUUGGAGGUAUUUAUUACUUAAAUAUGGACAAGUUGAAGACAGGAUGGUUCAGCGAGCUCACGGACCUGUUGCCGGGCAGAAGUUUUUCUAUGGAAGUCGAACAAGUCCUGCACAAGGAACAGUCCAAAUUCCAGGAGAUAUUAGUAUUGAAAACCAAAUCACACGGCGUCGUAUUGGUACUCGAUGGAAUGAUUCAGUGCACGGAAUUUGAUGAGUAUUCUUAUCAAGAAAUGAUUUCCUUUUUGCCACUCUUCAGUCACCCAAAACCGCAAAGGGUGCUCAUCGUUGGUGGUGGUGAUGGAGGGGUAGCCAGGGAAGUAGCCAAAUACCCAUUGGUCGAAAUCAUUGACCAAGUGGAAAUUGAUGAACGCGUAAUCGAAUUGUCGAAGAAAUAUUUACCGUUCAUGGCUCAAGGAUUCGACAGCCCUAAAGUCAACCUGCACGUAGCUGACGGUUUCAAAUUCAUGGAAGAACACUUUCAAUACUACGACGUCAUCAUAACCGAUUCUUCUGAUCCCAUAGGUCCGGCUGCUUCACUAUUCCAAAAAUCUUACUUUGAACUAAUGAAACGAGCACUGCGUCCCGGUGGCAUCGUUUGUUCGCAGGCCGAUACUUUUUGGGGACAUUUGAAAAACGCGGCGGCAAUGCACAACCAUUGCAAAGGAGUAUUCGCCAAAGCGGCGUACGCGACGUCUUAUGUCUCCACCUAUCCGGCGGGUCAGAUCGGUUUCGCACUCGGCAGUCUUGACGAGAAUACAGACUUUUUAAAUCCGGUGCACCAAUUGACUAACCAACAGCGAAAGGAUAUGAAGCUUCGUUACUACACUACCGAGAUUCACAAAUCGGCGUUUGCAUUGCCGGCGUUUGUCAUCGACGCUCUCGACGACGACGAAAACAAUUUGUAAUAAAAAUAUUACCUAUGCGACUUGCGUCUUUUGUGUAUCAUCAGUACCUAUCACAUAAAGAUCAUAUUAAUUUUCAUUUCAAUAUACGAUAAUACGAUACCUAUAUCAUAUAAUGUAAC